UUGGCCAGGUUUCAAGCAGUGAUGUGAAACAUAUGACCAGCAAUAUUAUGUAUUCAGCAGCAGUUAAGACUUGACUGACACUGUGAUCAGUGUGUGAUGUCUUUUCAUGUGUAGCUCCUCUGCUCUUUUUAUGUCCAUUCAGGAACUCUUUUUAGCUUAUUCGUUUUUUUUCCCCUCCCUCUUGAAAGUUUGUGUAGGAAUUUGGGAUCAGCAGACAGUUUAAUGUUUCUCCUGGAGGAUUUUGGAGAGUAACAAGGAUAACACUUAUUUCUCAGACCCUAAACAUCGUGACCUAAUGUCCACAAUGAGAGUCAUUUUGUUGUUCGCCUUGCUUCUCCUGUGCCACGGAAAACCAUACAAGCCAAUAAAUGUCAUGGAGUUGAUGAAAAUCCAUGACAUCAUGCAACAAGACAAUGGGAGUGAUGAGGAUGAUGACGACGACAAUGAUGAUGACGAUGACGAUAUUGACAACUUUAUUACAGACUGCCCUUUUGGCUGCCAGUGCUUCAGAAGGGUUGUUCAAUGUUCAGAUCUAGGUUUGAUGUUAGUACCACGUGACAUUCCAGCAGACACGCUAAUGAUUGAUCUGCAAAACAACGAUAUUACUGAAAUCAAGGAGGAUGAUUUUAAAAAACUGAAAAAUCUCUAUGCCUUGUUUCUGGUUAAUAACCAGAUUUCAAAGAUUCAUGCAAAGGCUUUCCAAAACAUGGAGAAUCUCCGUCUACUUUACUUGUCAUAUAAUCUCCUGACACAAAUACCUGAAAAUCUGCCAAAGAACAUCUUGGAGCUAAGAAUCCAUGACAAUAAGAUCAGCAGGAUCCAAAAGGAUGCAUUUAAAGGGAUGCAUUCCUUGCAUGUUCUAGAAAUGAGCGCUAAUCCAAUUGCCAACAGUGGUAUUGCACUAGGAGCUUUUAAUGAUAUGGCAACCCUUUACCUGAGAAUUGCAGAGGCAAAUCUAACAGCAGUACCAAAAGAUCUGCCCUCUUCUCUAACUGAGCUUCACUUGGACUAUAAUAAAAUUGCCAAAGUUGAGGUGGAAGACUUUAUCCGAUACAAAAACUUGCUGAGGUUGGGGUUUGGUUUCAACCAGAUCAAGUAUGUGGAGAAUGGGAGCUUAGCAUAUAUUCCCAAAAUCAGAGAAAUUCAUCUGGAUAACAACAGGCUGAAAAAUAUUCCCCCAGGUUUGAACACACUUAAAUAUUUACAGGUGGUGUACCUCCAUGCUAAUAACAUUACCAGUGUGGGAGUGAAUGACUUCUGCCCAACAAGAACCAAGGUGAAGAAGGCUCUCUACUCAGGAAUCAGUCUAUUUGCCAAUCCAGUGAAAUACUGGCGGAUCAAACCAGCCACUUUCCGCUGUGCAUCUGGCUCGAGAUCUCUGCAACUUGGCAAUUUUAGACGAAAGUGAUCGAAGGGUUCCACUGGAGGGCAGCAACUCAACUUAUAUUUGAUCAUUUCUUUUAGUUAAUAACUGGGAUGUUGAUCCCUCAAUCAGGUUGCACCGUACAUCCACAUCUGCUGAUGAACAAGUAGUUUACUUGAAAAACGUCCUGUGAAGAUAAUUAUGUAACAAAGUAUUUACCAGGCAUUUUUGCUGGAAACUUAUUAUUAAGCUGGUUUAUUGGGACCACUAGUUUUAGAGUAGCUACAUUGGGUGCAAUCGUUGUUAUUAUCUGUGUAUACCUUCAUGCAGAAUCUGUUGGUUAUCAGUGUAAUUGCUGAACUAGUCAUUUUUUAAAAUUGUAUAAUCAAACAUUGUUAGUAAACCUUAAAUUGUUUCACUGUCAUUAUUAUGUUAAAUGACAUUUAGGUACACAAGAGACACGAUGCAGGUCUCUAAUGUAGACUUGUAAAGAAUUGUAAACUAUGAAAUAAGCUACAAUUGUGUCGAACCUUUGUUGAAAUGUCUAAUAAAGCAUUUUGUGAAU